AUCGAUAACAAACCUCCACAACAACCUUCCACCUACUCGCAACAACCAACCUUCAAAAUCAGCGCGCCACUGAGCGGUAAACUCGAUUAUCCGCAAGAUAUUACCUACAAAACCUCAACACCUACACAAAUACACAGAGUCUGCGCGCCACAAUGUCUCGAGACAGCACAUUCACCUACUUCCACAUGCAUCAGUCCCACCACGCCGACCUCCUCGAAUCAUUCACAAACCCCACAAACUCGCACAUCCCACCAGAAGAGAUUUACAUCCCGCCACAGCAUCAGCCCGUGAACCCCGAAGACGAGGACGACGUGGUGCCAGAUCAACAUGCGGCGUUCGGAAUACAGAGGGCAACGCAGGGAAGGAAAGAAUCGCAAUGGAAGGAUCUCGGGCUCGAGGAGCUGCUACGUCAGGGUGAACGCGCGCUUGGGGGUGUGGCUGGGAGGUCAGGCACCGUUGGGGGUGCGUCUGCGAGUGGCGUGGGACCUACUGGGGCUGGUGGAGCGGGCGUGAGGAGGGUGGGACAGAGGAGGAGGGAUGAGUCUGUUAGGGUGGCACUUCAGAGGAGGCCAGGUGCUGGCGUCGCGGAUUUUGGGUUUGGGACUGGUGGUGAUGCUGCUCAGAGUAGUGGCGGUGGAGGUGGAGGUGCUGGGAAUGGACUUCCUCGAUGAUGGGCCACGCGAUACGAGUGUUCAUCAAGGAGACGGGUUAAUGCACGUUCACGAAGCGUGGAAUUGCAGUGAGGGGCGAGGUAAAGGUCAUUUCCUAAUUCGAUCAUGAGAUUCCUAUCUACUAGUAAGGACUCUACAGGGCACUUUUAAGCUGCCCGUCAUGGUUAAUCAACGUGACAUCUGAACACAUGAAAUCAUAUACAAGAGAUACCCAAAUAGAAAGCAAAUAAAUGCUGUCA